AGGGGAAGCUCUGAAUACAUGUGCAUGAAAUUAUUGUAUUGUUAAAAUGUUUAAAUGAAAGUACACGAAACAUAGAACGAAUGCGACGUGUAUAGGAUGGCCGCUCUGAAAGACUUAGACGCUGAGUUGUCCCAAGUAACAGCCUCUCUCAACAAAAUACAAACCGAGUUGCAAGCAUUGCUGCACAAGCAGGAAAAUCUACAGGAACGAAAGUCUCAGCUCGAAUCAGAAAUCAACAGAAGAAGAAGUUGUUCAUCAAGCAAAGAUGAAGAAGUAACAAAUUGGAGUUCGGAAGAUUUCCCAUGGAGCAAAUCCGUUCGUUCAAUCCUCAAAUCUACUUUCCGCAUGGAUGACUUUCGUUCGAAGCAACUAGAAGCGAUUAAUGCAACGUUGAGUGGUCGCGAUGUCAUCCUCAUUAUGUCCACUGGAGGAGGGAAGAGUCUCACUUAUCAACUUCCUGCUCUUGUGGGAAAAGGUAUCACUGUAGUUAUCUCACCACUUGUGUCUUUAAUGGAAGACCAAAUAAUAAGUUUAAAUAGGUUUGGGAUCGAAGCAAAGUUGUUGAACGCUGCUUCAACCAAGGAUGAAGUAAAGCAUGUCCACCAGUCUAUGACAUCACAAUCACCAUCUUUUCGUCUCCUUUACGUUACACCUGAAAAAAUAUCAAAAAGUAAAAGAUUUAUGGCACAGCUUGAGAAAUGUUAUAAGUCCGUGAAUUUGAAUCGAAUUGCGAUUGAUGAAGUUCACUGUGCAAGUCAGUGGGGAAAUGAUUUCCGACCAGAUUACAAAAUCCUUGGAAUUCUGAAACGCCAGUUUCCUAAAUCCCCGAUAAUUGGACUAACUGCUACAUCUACAGAUAAGGUGACAGAAGACACCAAGAAAAUGUUAAACAUCCCGUUUGCGCUCGUCUUUAAAACCGCGUUGGAUCGUCGCAACUUGUUUUAUCAAGUUCGUGAAAAGCCAAAUACCAAUGAUGAUGUCAUAAAGGAUAUUGUUCAACUUAUAAACAGCAACUUUAAGAACCAACCAGGUAUAAUCUACUGCUUCUCACGUAAGAAUUGCGCCGAAGUUGCUUCUAGUUUAAACAAACGAGGAAUCAAGUCAUCGGAAUACCACGCACAACUAACACCAGAUGACAAGACAAAGGUUCACCAUAUGUGGAGUGAUAACAAUAUACAGGUGAUUUGCGCCACCAUUGCGUUUGGGAUGGGCAUCGAUAAACCAAACGUUCGCUUUGUUAUUCAUCAUUCAAUGAGUAAAAGUGUGGAAAACUAUUAUCAGGAAUCCGGCAGGGCAGGCAGAGAUGGUUCACCUGCUUUGUGUCUUUUAUACUUCGGGUUCACCGAUGUUUUCAAACAAAGCACAAUGGUAAUGACGGAACGAACAGGACUAGACAAUCUGAAUCAAAUGAUUAAGUAUUGUUUGGAUGUAAAAAGUUGUCGUCGCAACUUAAUAUCGACAUACUUUGGUGAAGCUUGGUCCUCUAUAAGCUGCCAUGAGAUGUGCGACACAUGCUCUGGAAUGCACAAGUAUAAGAACUGUGAUGUCACAAGUGCUUGCCAAUCCCUCAUAUCUACAAUCCGAUUGGCCGAGAGCAAGGGUGAUGGAAACAGGUUAACGGGUUCAAAGGUCGUGGAGGCAGCAGCUGGGAGGGGGAAGAAUAAAAGUUUGGAUUUAAAAAGUUUUACGGCGUCUGAAAUACAAAGAAUCCUGCUGCAUAUGUUACAUAUGGAAUAUAUAAGAGAGGAUUUUCACUUCACACCUUACUCAACUAUCAGCUACCUUGUGCCUGGGCCAAUGGCAACCAUGUUAACUAAUGGCCUUGUUACUGUAAUGCUGGAUAUGCCAGUCAGUGGUGGGAAAACUAACGACCAAGUUUAUACCAAAGCAUUAAAAGGAACUGGGAAGUCACUAAAGCCAAAUAUAUGUAAUGGAGAAAGCUCCAAAUUAAACAAACGUAAACUUAAUACUGAUGUUUCAGUAAAAUCAGAAACUAAAUUUAAAGUCGCCAAAAUUUCUGCAGCAUCAGAAACAAUAUUAAUAGACAGUGACUAGAGGUCAUAAAAUAGGUCCAAUUAUUUUUGUGUCUUUUAUUGUUCAAAUAUAAAAUACUUGUUGCUUUGUCUUAUGGCUUGUGCAUUAGAAUAUGAAACUGAUAAUGCUAGUUUUUGGCAAAAUAUCUUAAUGGUACACAAAUAGAAGGACUCUGUUUUUGUUUUUACUGCCAAAUUUAGUAGCACUUAAUGUAUUCUGUUAUGAUGCAACGAGAAUCGUUCAACAAUAUGAGUGCUAGAUCAAUCGUUCAACAAUAUGAGUGUUUAGAGAACAUAUUACAUUUAUUUAUUUUGUAAA